UAGUGUCACCCUCCAUAUGUUGCGGUUGAAUCCCUUUAACCUCCGUGAUAUUAACGAAUAUAUUGAGCUGGCAACUUAUGAUGGAAAGUCCUUGAAGGACUGGUUAUUGCCCUCAGUUGAUGUACGACAUCGAUUCGUAGAAUUGUUGAAAAGGAAGACAGGAGGUAUUCCGUUGAUUGUAAGGAAUACUUUAUUAGCCCUAGUAGAGAAAGUUGCAAACUUAUCUCAACCUGUUAUCAACAAUGACAAUAUGGAACCCUUAUUAGAUAGAAUCUUUCACUUGGUACUACUAGAGUCGGUGACGAUUAUUAUUCCGGAGAUACCUGAUUCCGCAACCCUUCUUCGAUAUCAAUUUGUCCUUUUGAAUUAUCUGCUCGGAACAGUUUUUCCAAUUAACUUUAUAGUUACUAUAUGUGGAACAAAAACUUAUUUGAUGGACUUGGUUGCAACUUUUGGGUUUUAUUCUGAAAGUUGUGGAACUGACGGGAUUGAUAUGGGGACCGAAUUCAAGAUUGGUUGUUGUGAAUUUAUAUUGAGAGCUCAUAGCAACUAUAACUUUUUCCUUGAGGCUACUGAACUCUUUCCUUUAUCUCCGUUUAGUUAUAUUCCCGACACUUCAACAGCAAAAGGAAUCUUCUUUGAAUUUGUAUUUAUGAAGAUCUUUCGCUUUCGCUUAUUAACUUUUCUUCAUUCUAAUUCCUCGGCUAUUGUACAUUCUGCUAUUCCAGGAAUUUUCCAGGGUUCUUUUAUUGAACAGGACAAUGUUUCUUAUUCUAUGGAAUCAACAAAAUCUUAUGAUAUACCCAUCUUGAGAAAUGUCUCUCGUUCAUUUUCUGUUCAUUAUAGAGAUUAUUUACAACGUUGUGGUAUUUUUGUUCCAAAGGAGGGCAAUUCGAGUGGUCCUGAUGCAUAUGUUGUAUUCCAUAAUGGACAAACACGUUACGUUGUUGGAUUUUCAUUCAAAUUUUAUCACAAAACUGAAUUUUCGAAAACAAAUAUUGAGGAAGAAGCCAAAAAAUUUUUUAAGGGAGUUGUUUCCGUUUUGAAUGACGAAUCUUUUUCAUCUGUUCAACUUCGUUUUCAGUUUGUGGUGGUAGUAUGUACUAGAUAUGAUCAAUCUGUAGGUUUCUCUACCGAAGAACAGAAUAUUGUUGAAGAUGCAAGUGAUUUGGUAACUCAACAUUCUUCGGGAUCAACUUUGAAUGAAAGUAGUCGAUCAUGUCUGCAAUUGGUAAUUGUUUCUCAAAGGAACCUUGAAAUGUAUUUGGGAAGAGAUAAUGUCGAAACAUUGAGGAAAAUUGGAGAAGCAAACCGAGAAGAGUUUUCUAAAAACUUUUCAGUAUGGUGUGAAACUGUCUUUGAGUCGAUGUCCAAUGAAUAUGUUUCACCUUUGGAGCAAUCAAAUGUUACUUUAAGAGUAGCUCGAAAUAUAAGACCGAGAACAAAUGAGGAGAAUAGGAUGCAAAUCGAAGAGCUUCAAACUGCUAUGAAAGUGGAACGAAGUGUCGCAGCAUCGAGUUCUUUGUCUUCGUCAUUUGAUUGGAAUACUUUCCUAAGAGAAUAUUGUGGUCUUUCUGAAGAAGAUGUUGCUUAUUGUCUUCCGAAAGUGGAAGAUAUUGAUAUGGACGAGCUUCCAGCGGUGACCAAAGAAAUUUUAAGGGACUUGGGUAUAGAUAAACCUGCGUUGAGGUUGAAGAUAAGAUCUUCUAUAAGGUCAUAUCUCGCUAACGAACGAUGAAUGUAUUUGAGAGUUUUGUCAUUUUUUCAAUAUGUUUCAUUCGUUGUAGUUGCAACUCAUAAAUACAAAAUUUUCUUU